AUGUCUCACAACAAACAUGAUGUCAAUACUGGGGAUGCCUCAAUUCAUGAAGACACGAGAUACGAUGCAUGGGGCCCCGCAAUAGCAGGUUCCACCAUUACUACCGGGCAUUCCUCUUCGCUGAAGCAGUCAUCCACCUCCGAUAAGCCUCUCAUGAAUUUACCAAACAACUCCAGUUCAUCAACAAAGCACUUUUCGGCACAAGCACUUACACUAGCCAGUGAGCAAAACCUCUCUGCACAAAGCUCAGAAAUGAUUGCAUCGUUGCCGACUGCCAAAACCAUAGACGAUUUGCCAACCGAGAUAAUAUGCAUGCUGGGGGAGAAAGUGGAGAGUUUAUUUCUCAUGAGAAGUCUUAAUCGAAGACUGAGAGACGGAGUGGACUUCAUUUUUCACACUCCUCGUCUAAAAUCGGUCAUCAUUAAGCCGCUGGACUGGCCAAGACGCAUCAGCAUGAAUGACGUUGUACUGGACCACACGCAACGAUGGCCCUUGACUCAUGAACACCAGCAUCAUAUCAUGAGCGCGAUAUUCAGUGGUAUUCAAGACUCACCACUACAGCUUGAGGAACUCAGCAUACCAAGGCUUGGAGAAGUUCCUUUCAGGCAUCUGAUGGUACUCACGCCCCUCUUGCUAAGUCCCAUUCGCUGGGGUAGCUUGUGUUAUACCAAUCUAAAGACGCUCGAAUUAGGUUUUGGCCUUCAAAAGGUUUUAAGCCUCACGCAACUUCAACGGGAAAUGAAAUUUCUAAAUGUCUUAAACGGCGUACCUAACCUUCAGCAUCUGACGAUUUUCCUACUAGGCGACAAGCUGGACCUAGAGCGACGCGAAUGGGUUGCAACUGAGAUUAGCCCCCGUAUAUUGAAAUCUCUAGCCAAAGAUAAGGUCGGAGAUCCCCCCUUCCUUCGAAAACUCCACCUCAAAGGAGUAAUUGCCCGCUCGGAGAUUACCUUCGAUAAAAUUCUCCAUGCACACGGUCAAACACUGCGGGACCUUUGUCUCUGUGAAUUCGAACUCGAACCGCCGAACAAUAUGGAGAAUUUCUGGAAGGCUCUCUCCGAACUCGACCUCGAAUGCCUAGUGUGGAGACGGCUCAAGAAUACAUGUGGGCGUUACAUCCGUACGUGGCCCGUAUGGACAGUGGAACAGGAUCAACUGGAAUGGGGCGAAGAUGCAGAUAACGAAUCGAAGGAUGAGAGCUUCCGAGACUGGCAGGUUUUGCAAUUGUCAUCCCCUUUCACUUGGGUCCGCCACCUUGGGAAUGUGAAGGGAAGCAUGAGGGAGGUGGUUGCUCUUCUACCUUUCGUUAAUGGAGGUGAAUAUCUCGAUCGAAGGGUACUUAUCACAAAUUAA